CGAGGCCGUGUCUGCUAAUGAAGGGGACAAACUCGUAGCCGCCUGGGAUGGUGGCCGCCCCGGCAAAUGUCGAGGACGUGGCAAGACGAAGACAAACACGGCAAUGCCUUGACUCACGUCGAGGGUACCCUAACGACACUGGUGGAGUUCUUCGACAAGGCCGCGAAGAUUAUUGUCACAAACAAGGAGGCUAAGAACCUCCACCAUUCGUCUGCGACAGGCCCGAGCAGAGAUCAGCAUCGACCGAAAGUGGCCGUGGUCGUAGCUGCAACGCCAAUCGACCAAACUAGCGAGGCGGUGUCUGCUAAUGAAGGGGACAAACUCGUAGCCGCCUGGGAUGGUGGCCGCCCCGGCAAAUGUCGAGGACGUGGCAAGACGAAGACAAACACCGCAUCUAGCGCCGGCCCAUCGCAACAGCUGCAGCCCCAUGGUCCCAAUACGGUAUCUCCGAGCAAGCAUACAAGGCACGCACGAGAUUCCAUUAUUGUCUGUGGUGUAACAGCAAUCUCCACGAGACAAUGGGCUGCCCGUCGAAAGGCAAGGGCAAAUUGGGAAACUGAGCACUGUCGGGAGCACAUGCGAAAGUCGAUAGUCCUCCUCUUCUUUAUUCUUUUGAGGACUAUUUUGCCUGGCUCGUUCUUACGUUGUACUCAUGCGCAAGGACAAGACGUGUAUGUGGCAUCGUCUCCGUCGGACAACGGCAACUUAUCGUCUUCACGGGAUUCGGCGCGCGAGUUCAACAUAGAGGUAUUGGACCCGCUCACGUCCGAGGAUUUCGUAUGGCUUCCUGUCCCGACCAUGGGCCGCUUGUCGGGACCGCAAUGCGCAGCAUUAUGCGCUCACCUUCACACGUACUUAUCCUUCUAUGCACCACCAACUUCGCCGACGGAUGACGAAGUCAUGGUGGGGGACAUCCUUGCGUAUGUUACCAAGGUGGGCUGCGAGUUUCGCAAGCAGUGGUACGACGACAACAACGCACCGCCCCUCUAUGUCCGCAUCCAAGUUGGGCAAGCGUCCUGCAGCGCUUUGCUGGAUAGCGGGGCGUCUCGCAAUUUUAUGAGCCAGGCCGUUAUGAAAAAGGCUGGCCUUGGCGCACAAGUUCGAAGGAAGGCAAACCCGACGACGAUCAAGUUGGCGGACGGAAGGACACAGCAACUUAUCGACCGCUACGUUGAGGCCGUACCGGUGGAUUUAGCACCUCAUGCAUGCGAACCGGUGACAUUCGACAUUUUGGACACGGACUUCGACAUUAUUUUGGGAAUGGCUUGGCUUGAAAGUGCGGAUCACACGGUCAACUUCCACCGGCGAACUCUUACCGUUCGCUACGCCUUCGGCUCCGAAUUCGCCGACAUCUUCGAGUCACUUACCGGUGUGGUGUCGGAUCGGCUGAUCUCUCACGAGAUCAUUCCUGAGGCCGGUGUCGUGCCGCCGACAGGUUGCAUUUAUCUCAUGAGCGAGGAGGAGCUUACGGGCCUCCGCGCGCAACUCGAUGGCUUGAUGGACAAGGGCUGGAUCCGCCCUAGUAGCUCCCAUAGGGAGCGCCAGUUCUCUUCGUACGGAAGAAGAACAAGGAUCUACGAUUGUGCAUCGACUUUGCGAGCGCUUUUGGUGGCCCAGCCUUCUCGGCGACGUCACACGCUAUUGCGAGUCAUGCGAGGUUUGCUGACGCUGCAAAUCCCGCAAUCGUCGUACGGCAAGUUGCGACCAUUACCGGUCUCCUUGCGCCAGAGGGAAGCGAUUACCAUGAACAUUACCGGGCCGUUCCCCAAGCACAAGGCCGGUGUGGGUGGGAUUCUUACGGUUGUCGACCGACUCACCAAGUUCGCCAUGUUUUUGCCUUGCCGCUAUCAUGCCAAGGCACCGGAAUUGGCCGAGGUUCUUUACUCCGGUUGGAUUCGAACCAAGGGCUACCCCAAGGAAAUUGUCUGCAACCGCGGCACUCGGUUCAUGUUCGAUUUUUUGUUGGCACUCAUCAAAUGAUGGGUCUCAUCUAUCAAGCCAAGUUUGGCUCGCCUACUUGGUGCGCUUUGCGUACUGCACCCGGAACGCAAGAUGCAAGGCAAGCCGGUAUCUUCAGCUCCACAUC